AUGGAUGAUGAUGAUGAAGAAGAAGAUGGACCAGCUAUUGGGAAAAAGCCCAGACAAAUUAAACAGCCGAACCUUCUAAAUGAACCAAAAAGGGAGCGUGAAGCCAGACUGAAACAGGAACAAGACCAAGCCCAGGGAGAACCAGCGGAGCAAGAACUAGCUCAACAAGGACAAGGCCAACCAGUUGGACCAGCAAGCAAAAUACCGCCCUUUGGUGAUGGUAGCCGCAUUUUAAGAGAUUAUACACCAACAGGGCUUUUCGGUGAUGCUAUUGAUCAGCAUGAAGACACUUGUUGUUCAGUCGUUAUUACACGACUUUUACAAGCUUCUUACAACAAGGAUAGACCCCUCGCCGAACACCGCAUCUUAUCAUACCGUGAUUUAGCGGAGUACAUCAAAGGAAAAAACCAAAACGAUAAGUAUGCAUUUAGAAAUCUAAACAUACCGAUCAAAUACAUCAGAGAUGUUGGGCUUCAUAGAGAUAACAAAAUAUCAGGACCGGGAGUGAAGGGCGUGAAAACUAAAGGCGACUUUGAGUUUAAAUUAGAUGCUACUAAAGAUUUUAUCUAUGAUAAGUUUGCCACGUUUCCAUUGGGAAUUGUUGUUGAGGCGUUACCUAAACUAUUUACAAUUAAAAUGGGGGACAUCUAUCAUGUACCAGCUAAUGCAAGUGGAAUAAUGGAAGAACAUGCUUUUCUAGUCCUAGCUGAGGGUGUGACAAGAAGUGGAUUACAAUUCUUAGUGGUCCAAAAUUCAUGGGGAACAAGUUUUGCCAACAAUGGCUAUUUUAGGAUAACACUACCAGACGAUGGGAAGUUUAAGAUCUUUUGGCCACUCUGAGAGUUUGAAGAUUAUUGAUUUUGAACAAUAGUGUUAUUGGUGUAGUUGUUUGUUUUUGUUUCCGUCAAAUGGUUUGCAUAGAGUGAAUAACAAUCUUCUUCCAAAAAUCUUUGGGUGGAUUACAACAAAAUUAGUGUUACAUCGGUUGAUUAAUAUGUAGCAGCAUCAAUG